AUGUCCAUGGACAACCUUCCGACAGAAAUCCUCUGCACAAUCUUCGAAUUGAGUGCGCGGAUGGUGGAAGAAGCUGAUCGAUUACUGAUGGUGCCCGAAGACUACCCAGCGGUGGAAGAUACAACAUCUCGACGACGAGGACCGCUCUAUGCUGACCCCGCUAUGCUUCCACCACUGAAAAACUUCACUAAACAUUGCGUCACACUCUCCCAUGUCUGUCGCAGAUGGAGAGACGCUGCGAUCGACAUUCACUUUCUGUGGACGAAGGUUUACCUUGGAAACGCUUCUGUCUGCCACGGAGAGACAACACAAGACAUCCUGCGUCGCUCAGGGGCCAACUUGUCGACCUCCACUGUCGGCUACCUCAACGUAUAA